UUGUUAUCACCAGCUCAGUUUGUUUACAUCCACGACUGGUGUUGGUUGCUGCUGCUGCUUCUCUCUCUUAACCUGCCUGAUACUUCACAUAGUGGGGGAGUAGGUGACUUGAGAGAGCAAGAUGCCGUUCAUGAAGGGUCUAGCGCCAAUCAGGCGAACACUUCAGUACUUAGAGUCGUCUAAACUAGUGCUGCGAGAGAGAGUACAGUUAGUGUCUGUGAAUUAUAACACACAUGGAGAGCACCACAAGGGUGUACAAGAAUUUGUGUUCUGGCACCUUCCACAACUACAAUAUAAAAAUCCAAAUAUACAGAUUGCUACUUUUAGGAACUUGACACCAACACCAUUUAUACGAAUAUUCUUGGAUGACGGUGAAGAUGUCCUUAUGGACGUUGACUCAAAGUCUCGCCCAGAAAUUUAUGAUCAUUUUAGGAAGAUCUUUUGCAAGUCUGAUAGCAAACUGGCACAGGAAGAAUGGGAGCGCCAGAGUCGUGAUAACCCUGCAAACUUUGGUUGGGGCUGUGAUCGGCAAUGCAUUUGUGAGGUGCCUGGUCAGGUACCCUGUCCAGGAAUAAUCCCAUUGCCAAAAUUCAUGAGGGGCAAAUAUAAAAGUGGAAAAGCUUAAAGUGAAUGUCAUACCUUAUAGUAUAUUCUCAAUUAUAAACAAAUACAUUUGAUCCUGCUUGUAUAUAAAAUUGUGUGGAUGAAGGGUUCAGAGAACCGACAAGUUGAUAAAUUACACAUAUGCAACACUUGGGUAUCUUUAUUGAGGAAACGUUUUGCCACUUAGUGGCUUCAUCAGUCCAUACAAAGAAGAAUGGUGAAGAACAGGAGGAGUAUGAAGUAAUCAGUCCCUCAGCCUUGAGUCAAUGUGGUCAGUCCACCAAUCUUGAUGGACUAACCACAUCAACUCAAGGCUGAGGGACUGACCACAUCGACUCAAGGCUGAGGGACUGAUUACCUCAUACUCCUCCUGUUCUUCACCAUUCUUCUUUGUAUGGACUGAUGAAGCCACUGUGUGGCAAAAUGUUUCCUCAACAAAGAUACCCAAGUGUUGCAUGUGUCUAAUUUAUCAUAUAAAAUUGUAUUAAGAUCUUAAUGGUAUCACAUUUUCUUUACAUCUGUUGUCAGCAGUUUUGCAACAUAAUUACAUCUGGAAAUAAAAAAAACAUGGCAAAUAUGAAAAAUCAUUAAUAAUGUAAAUAACAUUUUAAUGGAACCAUUACUUUUAAAAAUAAAUGUAAAAGGCUCUUAUGUUUUUCAUUAUAAUCAUAACUAAGUGCUAAAACCAUAAGGGUCACAAAGAAAAGCCACUUUUUUAAACAAAAGUGUACCAUUGCUUGGCAAUGUUUUAUAUGAAGACUGCUUCCUCCUGCAUUCAAAGGUUAAUAACUGUUCCACUAAACCACUUGUCUCCCACAUACUUCAUUUUCUGCAUACAGCAAUAGACAAACAAUAUUUACAAAAUAUGCCAAACUCAGGUUAUAGAGCACUACGAGGCUGAGGGAAGCUAGCAGCAAAGGAAAGCAGUGUGAACAGGUGACCAUAACUUUGAUAUGCUUAUCCUCUUCUAUAUUCUAUACAUACUGUACAAUGUUUAUAUUAAUGUUCACUUUACCUGUCCUUCCUUACUUUCUUCAACCCUCCUCUACAGAUGCCUAUGCAAUUUACUCUGUUUAUAUAUACACCUUCUCAAACUAGUUAAUUGUUUGUCACUUCCUCUAUUUCCUCAAGAGCUCUUCUUCAUCCAUGUGCAUACAGACACCUACAAAUCUCUUGCUCUUCAGACCCUUCUAAUAAGCAACUCUGUCUUGAUUAUAUAAAAAAAAAAAACUACAUGUAUUUUUUGCCACCACAUGCCUGCUGUCCAUUUGAUGAUUCUGGGGAUAAUCACCUUGUGGAGUGAUCUUGGACCAAGUUUCCAGUUGAUGACUUGGUCAGACUGUUACUGCUUGAGGUAUAUAAUAAAACAUGGGCACCACAGCACAGCUCAUUAGGAACAGUUUUGAGAAAUAUGGAACUCAUUUAAAGGUGACUAGAUUAUUUUCCUUAUAUUUGAAGUUAGGAUGUUCCAAAAUCCUUGUACACAACAAUGCUUUUUUUUACUAUAUCCACUGGUGUACCUGUUAUGUACAUUUCUUCAAAGGGGGAAGUGGUGUCUUGAAGGUGAAGGGUCUUUAAUCCAUGAAAUUUUAUAUGCCCUUCACUUCCUUGAAACAAAUCAGAUUGCUUCCUAUUUCUGCAAGUGCUUUUGACCUUUUGGUUUAGCUCAAACUGAUGAUAAUAAAUAACAAUAAUAAUAAAGUGUUGUAUGAA